AUGAACGCUUGCAUUCAGCAGCCACUGCACCACCGCAAACGAACCAUGGCACAGAUCAGUGUGCCUCCUUUCUACAAAGUGGUCGGCUCCGGACUCCUUAAUAAGCGCAAAUCCUGCCAGUCUAGACAGCGUCGCGGUGUAACUCUGUUCCUCGUUGCUUCCCUUGUCCUCUGCCUUCUGCCGGCUUGCUGCUCACAAAGCCAGCCCACAGGACAGACGACUCCAGAGGCGCCUAACACGCCGAAAGAUAGGCCUGAAAUAGAGAACUUGGGGAUUCCGUCAUUGACAGCGGGCGGCAGCAAAGAAAAGCUGCACAGCGCAGAGGAAAACACCCGAGGAAGCCCCGUUUGGAGCCGCGACACCACUGCGCUGUUUUCGAUUCCGCCUUCACAGGAGAAUGGUGAUGAUUCGACACGAGAAUCGACGGGACAGCGCGACAAGACGGCCGCUGCAGACACCGGAAAUCCCAAUGUCCUCAUCGUCUGUGGGCGCAGUACUUGUGACAAGCGAGCACUGGAGAAUGCCGCAAGAGAGGCGAUGGAACGGGCCGCAAACGAUCGGUAUCGCUAUAAGACACAGGGCAUAAAUGGUGAUUUCGGAAAUCCUGACAAAGUGUUUCAGGGCCAGAGUCAAGGACCGGAGAACCCCCAGGCGGGCGCGAGGAAGAAUACCGAAGAAGUGUGGGCACAAACAGGUUCUCAGCCGUUUCACGUUUCCCUCUUUUACGGAGAGGAACUGAGGAAGCUAACUGACGAACACGCAGAAGGGGAAACGCGACGUCAGCGAGUCGUGGAUGGUGCAGCCGACCCUUCCAAGAGAAAUGAUACUCUUAGAUCGGAGGCAGACGACCAAACAGCGAAAGCCGAAGAAAACCAAGGAAACACACUCUCUGGCAGCGACACACGCAGAGAUGCGCAAACACGGGAACGCGUUCAAUUGUCAGAAAGCCUGGAAGGCGCUGAAAACCGUUCGCCGCCCCCACAGCCUGGAGAUAGAUUUUUGUCCCCGUCUCGGAAAUUUCCAACGUUUGCAGCUUCAGGCUUUCCACGGCCUGACGACUCUGCUUCUGCUUCUGCCACGACUUCACCUCUUCCUUCGGAUGCUUCCACCUUCCAAUCCAGUGAAGGUCAUCGAUCUCUACGCCUGUCGCCUAGCCGGGCAUCUGCCCUUGACAAACCUGUAGUGGACAGAACAGACGGGGGAGAAGAGGGGACUGGCAAAGGCAGUAUGCCGAAACCAAUGCACACCAAACACGACUUCAAGGGCAGAAGUUUCCACGGAUCUGCUGUCACUCAAGUCCGCUACGUCCUCUGGGGUAACAGCUCGCAAGGCUCGGACGAAACUGCCACUCCCAGCAGCUUUGAAGAUGAGAAAAGUCAGCCGACCUCCGAGGAAGAAAACAAAGGUGAGGGUAAAGUGCGCAAGAAUGUCGAGAGUGUGUGCACCGUUGACGGCGCGACUCUGCACCACCUUUCCUGCGAGGUCAUCCGCCUUCACGCAUGCUACACUGUCAUCGAUCCACAUCUCCUGGCGACCUAUUUACGAGAAGCGCCCUGCGUCGAGUCCGUCGGCUUUGACCAGCAGGCAGCGCCGUGCAUUGUGGAAGAAGAAACAAAGCCGCUGUUCGUUCCCUCGCUCCGUCCACUGCACGAUGACAGCGAGCCGUUGACAGAAUUCAGCUUCCCUGCUGUUUUCUCUGCUUCCGACGACACCGCGGGGUUCCGCGAACUCGUCUCCGACACUUGGGUCGAGCGUCGCAAAGAGUUGCUCGGAAACAAGGGCGAAGACGGCAUCAAAAGAGAGGAAGAAAAUCAGCCGGAAGACCCGGAAGACGUCGAAGAAGAGAAACACCGAUGGAGAGGCCCACGCGACUCAAGUUACGCAGACGCGUGGACAAAAGUCGUGAGGCGGUUCAAAGGGCUGCCCAACGACCCUCUCCUCUUGUGGCUUCCCCAGUGGGAACUGCUGAACCGAGUAACAGGCGUGGACGCGAGUCUCGCCUGGAAACGAACCAAGGGCGGCUCGGGGUCGAUUGAGGAGCAGCCCGCUAACACAAUUGCCCUCGUUGACUUUGGAUUUCAACUGAACCACGAAGACCUCUGGCACAAAUGGUGGAGAAAUGCUCAAGUCGGUGCGGUGACGGGAACUGCAGAGUGGCCCGACAACUGUGCCGACGGCAUCGACAACGACGAGAACGGCUACGUCGACGACUGCUUCGGAUUCUCUUUUGCAGACUCUGGAGGCUCCCAAAGAAGUCUCCUUGGCAAACAUGGGACAGCUGUGGCAAGUCACUGUUGUGCAGGGACCAAUAACGCGCUCGGUGUUGCUUCAGUUGGGUGGAAUCUCAGACCCAUGGCUCUCCGUGUAGAUGGGUCGUACUCUCAAAUUGCUGAGGCCGUGAACUACGCCGCAGACAAAGGAGUUAAGGUUAUCAAUCUGAGCUUGGGAGGCCCCGCGUCCCCGAUAUUACGACGCAUGGUGGAGCAAGCAGACAAGAGGAACAUAACGCUGGUUGUGGCGGCAGGGAACCACCGCUGCGACUUGGGGCAAAUCGAAGAACGCGGCUGUCGAUCAGACGACGGAAGUCUCAAAGGCUAUCCGGCAGCCUACAGUGACACAUUCCUCAACAUGAUCUCUGUCGGGGCUACAGACAAAGAGGGAAGAGUCGCCUCUUUUACGAACUUCGACUCUUCCCCUGCUCACGACCGCAUCCAAGUGAUGGCUCCUGGCCGGGAACUCCCUUCCUGUAGCGAUGGAAAAGAUGCAAAUAACGAAUAUCUUUCCAUGUCGGGAACCUCCUUCGCCUCGCCGAUUGUCGCCGCCAUCGUUGGACUGCUUCGCCUCAAGCGCCCCGACCUGCCUCCACGCGCGGUACGGUCUCUGCUCGUCAACUCAUGCAAAGUGACGGACGACGCCUCCCUUGCUUCGCACUGCGAGUGCGGCGGCGUCGUCAGCGCAGAGAGGGCGCUGAAGCUCGCAGGGAUUGGCCAGGACAGGGCGCCGGAGGCGCAGCACAAGUCCGCGGAAGCCGCGCAGAGCGAAGAGUGA